AUGACUUCCGUAUCUGGAAGUCUCACGUCGAGUGAGGUCGCUCUCAUACGACAGAAGACUAUACUCUCCAAAGUCAGACAAAGUUACUCACGUACUCUUCGACACUACUUCCUUGUGACCGCACUCAGUAUCCUUGUUUAUGACCACCUCUGUACCAUUGAUCAAGACGUUCGAUACUAUGCACUUGUCGCAAUGGCCAUAGCUGCCUUCGGUCAUGUAUAUGCGCUGUGGAACAAAGGCCGUCUCAUUCUCGCUUCUUUACUUAUAUAUCAAGCCACACAAUUGAUUGUUGGCAUCUGGUUAGACGUCCUACGUGGGGUUAAACCAUUGUCCGUUCCUUUGGAAAGCACUCCAGAGUUUCAUAGUAUCGGCACUUCUGGUGCAACAAUCUACGUAUCGAUAGACCUUAUGUAUAAUCUCGUCAUCUUCAUUCUCACCAUUUCGCGCACAUUGUUUAUGAUGCGUCGUGGUCGAGGACAGGGCCCACAAAGUGCUAUACUCGUAGAAAGUCUUGCAAGAGAUGGUGCUAUAUACUUUGCCACAGUGGACGGGCCAAUUCUAGCAAUUAUCACAAUGGUUCUCGUCAGCCGUAUUACCUUGGGAAUCCGCUCCGCCUUCUACGGACCAGCACAGUUAGACGAACACACCGUGAAUGGAAUCCCUCUUGGAGAGCUCGAGACCACGCAGAGUGCACAAAUACCGCAGAGUGCGAACAAUUACUCUCACUGGAAAGAGACUCGGAACACUCAGAAUACCUAA